GCCUCUUCCUCAUGCUCCCUCCCCUCCCGCUGCCCCAGCCUGGGCUCCUGCUAAAGCUGGCCAAAGUCGCCGGCAGCUGAGCAGUUUGGAAGUGCGAGUCAUGGCCACCACAGCUUCGGCUCACUACAUUCCCAGGAAUAACUCGCUCCACUCCAACUCGUUGGUGCACCCGGACUCGGAUAGGAUGCAUCCAGGGACGACCUACCGGGAGGUGCAGAAGAUGGUUCAGAGUGACUACCUGCACGGCCUGAGCGGCAGCGGGCACCCCAUUUCCCACAGCCACCAGUGGCUGUCUUCGGUGACGGACGGGGCACCUUGGGUCACCGCCUCCCACCUCGGGCAGCAGGAUCCCGGCAAGGCCAGCGUGCAGGCACCGCCGAGAGACGAUCUGGGCAAUGGGCUGCACCACCGAGCUCACCACAUGGUGCACCAGCAGACUCACGCCAGCCACCCCGGGGCAGCCUGGGGUCCGACGGCGGCACCUCCUCCACCACCUCCCAUCCCAGGGAUGCCUCCUUCAUCCAACGGGCACCAGCCCCUCAUCUACUCGCAGCCGGGAUUCAGCAGCCUGAAUGGCAUGCUGAGCCCGGCCACCCCGAGUCUCCACCACGGCUUGACGGACGCUCUCCACGAUGACCCAGGCGGUCAUGACAGCCACCCCGAGCACCCCCCGCAGCACCACCAGGAGCACUCGGAUGACGACGCCCCCACCUCGGAUGACUUGGAGCACUUUGCAAAGCAGUUCAAACAAAGACGGAUCAAGCUGGGCUUCACCCAGGCGGACGUGGGCUUGGCUCUGGGCACUCUGUACGGCAAUGUCUUCUCGCAGACCACAAUCUGCAGGUUCGAAGCCCUGCAGCUCAGCUUCAAGAACAUGUGCAAACUGAAGCCGCUGCUGAACAAGUGGCUGGAGGAGACCGACUCGACCUCAGGGAGCCCCACCAGCAUAGACAAGAUCGCCGCGCAGGGACGGAAGAGGAAGAAGCGGACGUCUAUAGAGAUUGGGGUGAAAGGAGCGUUGGAGAACCACUUCUUAAAGUGCCCCAAGCCCUCGGCUCAUGAGAUCAGCAGCUUGGCUGACAGCCUGCAGUUGGAGAAAGAAGUGGUCAGAGUUUGGUUUUGUAACAGAAGACAAAAGGAAAAGCGAAUGACCCCGGCCGGAAUUCCCGGCCACCCAGGCAUGGAGGAUGUAUAUUCACAAAGGGACACUCCGCCGCUGCAUCACACACUUCAGACCCCUGUCCAAUGACUGUUCCACAUAUUCCACACCCCUGCCAAGAAAACAAAAGACUAAAAUAAAAGACACAAACUGGAUUUUACAAAGCAAAAAAAAACUGUCUGAAAAAGGGAACUAGCCAGUGCCGCAAAAAAUGUUGAUUGAGCACUGUGCUGUACUCAUACUUAGGAGAGAGAGCGAGAAACACGUUUCAUGCAUUUAAUGUGGUAAACCGAGUGGUUAUUUCCCCCUGCUGUAGAACAAUAAUUUUUUUUCGUAGCUAAAUGACAUGGAUAAGUUGUAAGAGAAAUGAAAAUAUCUGUUCGCGGCUGAAUUAUUUCACGGGGAUCCUGAAAGGCAGCGGCUUUUCGGAACUGGGUGAGAAUGAGCUGAGUUUAAACAGAAAGUGAGAUGGUCAUCGAAGUGUCCGCCUCCAGCGGCUGCCGUGUUAAAUCAGGGAGUCUGGUGGUGGGGAAAAAGCUUGUAUUUAUUAUUUCGGAAAAGAGCUAGCCACGGAUAUGGUCAAAGAUUUAUUUAUCUGUAGUUCACCCUCAGAGGUAUCUCGUGAGUUAUUGGCGCUGGCGAGCCUUUUUGUGAUUUUAAAUAAAAUUCCAAAUCGAUUCACUGGAGAAGUGGUCUGGCAUUCCAGAUAAAUCGUAAUGUUUUACAGCCAUCACUUAGGGCUCAGAGAACAAACCCUGAUUUGAACCGUCUUGCCCUAAACUCAGUUCAAUCAGUAAGUUAUUGAAAACUGGAGGGAAGUCAGUCCGAUUGAAGUUUGAAAUCUCCGUACGCAGGGUUUUUUAUGUCAUUAACGUAUUAAACAAGUUGAGAUGAGUUUGAGAGAUCAAAGGAGCUAACAGCAGUCGACAAAACAAAACAAUGUGUCUUUAAAUGUUAGGUCCCAGCGGAAACAAGCGAGGAGAAGUGAUUUCAAUAGUCCAAAACUGAGUUCGCAUUUAGUUUACCCGAUUGGAAAGCAAAACGACCUAAAAGCAGAAAUGAUGGACUCCUUGUUGCUGUCAAAAUGUACUUAAGCUGAAGUGAGAUGACGCAUUGUAAAUCCAUUUCGUCCACCGACAGUUUUGUUAACGCAACAAUAAUUUAACUUCGACUUAUUUUUCUGUGUUUACAAGAUAUGUUAGUAUAACAAACAAGUUUGAGUGGCACGGUUCCAGUGUUAUCUGCAGGCUCUCAACUCUCAUGGGACGUGAAUUAAACCCCCCCGCCCCCCCAAAUCUCAGGAAUUAAAAGAACAGGUUACCACAAAAUAUCUCCACUCCUACAGUCGCGUGUCUAUUUUCUGCGCAGAUACAGGAGUGAAAGGUGCAUUGAAGUGAAGUCCUUAACCAUUGCAAGUAGCUAUACCGCUACUAAUUUGCCAUUUGAGGCGUGGAACAAAAAUGAUGGGGUUCUCCUACCAAACAAUUCUGUUUUGUUUUAAUCCGGAUUUAUCCAGAAUAGUACUUUUUCACACAUCUAAGAUACUGACCUUGUAUAUUUCCUCUUAAAAUUGAAACACAUAGACAAAAAUUGCCAAAAUAAAGUGUAUAUUAUAUGUGUUAGAAUGUUUACAGUUUAUCAAAAGAAAGUUUGGGGAAAAAAGUUAAAUUUGGUGAAUUAAACAGUACUUAGGACCUAAAGCAGUGAAAAAAGUGACGUUAAGUAAAUUGGGAAAAAAUAAUUGCCUGCUUUUUUUUACUGUACCACUAUGUAAUAUGUAAAUAUGUUGAAUAUGUAUACAUAUGUAUUUGUUUUUGGAAUUUAAUGAUUUUUUCUGGAGAUUUUUUUUGUACGCUUACUAAUUCCCAGAGGAUAUUUUAAUAUAAUUUCCAUGUGAAUUUCCCCCUUGUAUUUAUUGCAUAAACAUAUUUGAAACUUUCUUUUAUCCUGUAGCUCUCAUUGGGGUUAUGUUAAAGCAGUUCAAACAAUGUUUGUUUUAGUACUUUUUUGUUGUAUCUUAUAAAAGACAGACUGCAGAGUCACAUUAAUAUUUUUGUUAUAGUAAUAUUUUAUUACUUGCAUAAAAUGUACACACCGAAAUCCAGCUGCCCCCUGUCCCCUUUCGAAGAGAUCAGGGAGGUGUUUGAAACCAUGCUGGUUUUUGCUUGUUAAUUCUUUCUGCUGUUGCCUGAAAUGAGUGUCACUUUAGCAAAAAGAAAAUGCAGUGGCAAGAAAUCAUUAAAAGUGAUGUAAGGUCAAAUUUCUUGAAUUUUAAUAGUUUGCUUGGUUUGUCAAUUUUGUUUCUUACUUUGUGUUUUUUGAGUAUGAUUGAAAAUCGGCACUACCUGCAAAACCUCAUGCACACUUUUGUUUAGAAAUUUAAAUAAAAAGGAAUGUUUAUUCCCGCCCCCCCCCCCCC